GAGCCAAGCUGCGGGUCGAGCUGAUCUCAUCACCCGACCUCUUUUGUCUCUCAUCCUCAACCUCCAAAAGAAACAAUGUCAGACCACCUCGACCAACUCUACCUCACUUAUCUUGACACUGUUGACACCUACCAAUCUCUUCGCACCUCUCUCGCAACCCACUUUUCUGCAGGGUUUCUCACCCUCGCGCAAGCGAAUUUUAAUUCCACGAGCGGGGGUCGGCGAUAUGGGGCAGACUUCUAUGAUGAGCGCAUGACGGCCAUAAGAGGUGUGGAGGUGGGAGGUGGAGUGUUCGAAUGCAGACUCCUCCAACCGGAAGCGAAAGAAGGGGAGGGGGAGCAGAGGGAAGAGACGAAGGAUACCGAUCGGGAAGGCUCAGAGUUAAAUACCGUUGAAAAGCCAAAGGAGCAGACACCAACUAUAGACCCUCGAGAUCCCAUCCGUUGGUUUGGAAUUCUAGUCCCACCCGCUCUCCGUCAGGCUCAAUCAGAAUUCACAUUGUCCGUGCAGACAAUCAUCCCGCAGCUCACGACAACUGCCUCGAAGUUAGCCACUCUCUCCUCAGAGAUAGAGUCGCACCGCAGUCACGCCAGCACUAAAUAUCUGUACAAGAUAUUAACCACAGCUCCCCCAUCCCCGCUUCCGGAAGCCAUUGAGUUACCCCCCCUGGACAUUUCCAGCAAUUUCAUCCAUCUCUGCACCGCAGCCCAAGCCGUGGGAGUCAUUGAGAGAUUUAUGCCGGACUCGGAAGUACUUUGGCUGCUGAAAAUCCCGUAUGACAGGGUUGGGAAGGAUGUAAAGUGGGAAAGCGCUGCGCAAAGAGGGGAGCGGGGGGAGGAGUUUCCACACAUGUUCAUGGAAAAGCUAGGGUUGAAUGAGGUGGAGGAGGUGCGAGGAGUCGUAAGAUUGGAAGAAAAGGGGUGGCGGGAAUCUCUUGAAGGGAUGCAGUGGCUAGAGUGAUUACCUGCUAUCAGAUCAUGUGGAGUCGUCACACUCAGCCGGGGGCAAAAUACCCAAUAAGGGUUGUUGAGAUGACGACUGCAGCUCAAAAUUUUCCAACGGUUCGCCGGCAUGCUCCCACCGCACCUCUGCACGAAGCAUGAGUUAAUGCCCAUGACCGUCAUUAUUACUAUUGCUGUUAUUAUUACACAAAACUGAUAGGAUGCUGCAAUGCAAUGACCAUCAGCAGGGAAACCGCAAUGUCCCAAGUGAUCCUGAGUGACAUCCCCGGAUCAGGCAAGCUACAGAUAAAUAUCUCCAGACAAAAAAUAUGCACUUUAACCCCUCUUUGCUUUUUACUUUUUCCACACUGCCUGGAUAAACCACAGCGUGCAUUAGACCAUAGUAUCAUACAAACCCUUGUUAACCACCGUGUGAUAUAAUACCACGAGAUAUAUCAUACCAUACCCCACCGCAUAAGCGUUCACAAUAAUGGCGUAUGGUUCGGCGGAGUUUUAAGCAAAUGAUUGGGGGUUAUAAUGGCAAUCAAAUUAUAUCCAAUCUGUUUUGUGAAUUCCAUGGAUCGAGCCAACCGAUCGGAUAGAACUGUGAGGAAUUUCGAAGGUAUGACCGCUUGAAUCUAUAGCGGUAUUUCCACAAGAUGAAAUACCAUCAUAGCUUUAAGUAGUAAAGACAGAAGAUAGAAACCCUGC